AUGCAUACAUUCGCUGUUACUGUUGGGUCGCUGGCGCUGGCCGCAGCUCUUCCUGUACCAGGAGACCAAGCAGCCCAGAACAGCCAGGGCGCACAAACGUUCCCCGGCUUCGGAAUUGGAGGAGGAAAUCCCUUCUCUAAGUUUGGCGGACAACCUUUUGGAUUAGGCGGAGGAAAUCCCUUCUCCAGGUUUGGCGGACAGAGCGGCGGCGGAGCAUCCUCGCCUUUUGGAGGCGGAGGACAUAGCCCGUGGGACUUCUUUGGUGGACACAACCAGUUCAACCCAUAUUCUGGAGGGAGUCAAAGCGGCUCUCCUUUCGGCUCCUCCCAGAGCGGUGGGCACAGCCCGUGGGACUUCUUUGGUGGACACAACCCGUUCAUUCCCUUCUCUGGUGGGAGUCGAAGUGGAUCUCCGUUCGGCUCCUCCCAAAGUGGUGGGAAUAACCCGUUGGACACCCUUUCCGGCGCUCAAAGGGGCUCUCCGUUCGGCUCUCCCCAGAGUGGUGAGCAUAACCCGUUCAUUCCCUUCUCUGGUGGGAGUCAAAGUGGAUCUCCGUUCGGCUCCUCCCAGAGUGGUGAGCACAACCCGUUCAUUCCCUUCUCUGGUGGGAGCCAAAGUGGCUCUCCAUUCGGCUCCUCCCAGAGCGGGGGGCACAACCCGCUCGAUGCCCUUUCUGGCGCUCAAAGCGGCUCGCCGUCCGGCUCCUCCCACAGCGCGGGCAACCAAGCCGCCCCGGCCGCGUACGGUGGUGGCUCCUAA